ACAGCCUUAGGUAAAAUUACAUUUCAGUGGAAUAGAAAAUCGUGCUGUAGUACUUUGUUUCAGCAAGUUUUGUUUUGUCUAGUAAGCGUUUCCAAAAACCAUACGAUGCGAAAAAUUAUUGAUUUAGUUUAUGAUGUAGCUAUGAUUUUUUACUACGUCAUUAAAGCAAUUUUAGUGCCUUGGAUUCCCAUCAAGUAUCGUUCUAAAGAUAUUUCUGGUCAAAUUGCUCUUGUCACGGGAGCCGGUGGCGGAAUUGGUCGACUUUUGGCCGUUGGUCUAUCAAAAGAGGGAUGUAAAGUUGUAUGCUGGGAUGUAGCCAAGCAAGCGAAUGAGGAGACUGUUCGAUUGAUUCAAAAGUCAAAAGGACAAGCGUAUGCCUAUCAAGUUGAUUUGAGUAAACGUGAAGAGGUUUAUCAAAUGGCCCAGCGCGUAAAACGGGAAGUUGGAAUAGUUUCUAUUUUGGUGAAUAACGCUGGUGUAGUCUCGGGUAAAGUUCUUCUUGAUUGCUCGGACGAACAGAUCCAGCGGACUUUUGAUGUUAACGUCCUGGCUCAUUUUUGGACAGUCAAAAGUUUCCUAUCUGACAUGAUUAAGCAAGAUUUGGGCCACAUUGUUACCGUGGCCAGUUUAGCUGGCCUUAACGGAACUGACCGAUUGGUGGAUUACUGUUCUUCCAAAUUCGCAGCUGUCGGAUUCGACGAAUCGCUCCGAACGGAACUGGCUGUGUAUGGACGGAAAGGAAUCAAAACGACGGUCGUAUGUCCUUAUCUCGUCAACACUCCACUUUUUGCGGGUGCCAAAUCAAAGGUUGUACCCGCUUUGGAACCGGAGGACGUUGCGCAAGCAGCUAUCAAUUCCAUUUUAACAGACGAAGAAGUGUGCGUCGUUCCGCGCUAUGCCUCAUUUUUAACGACGUUAAGAAAAAUGUUUCCAGUGAAUGCCCAGCUCGUUGCUCACCGCGCACUGAGAUUGGGGGAAGUGAUGAACACUUUUGAAGUGGCCAAACCAAAACACAACUGAAAAUACGUUCAUGCAAUUCAUUAGUGAUGUAAAAAACGUUACGGAUAUUUUGUAGAAAGAUCUAUUCUUUUGAACUAUU